GUGUACAUGGGGGAUCCGCCUAAGAAGGAAAUUUCGACCUCGUCUCUUCACAUGAGCAUGUUGCAAGCUGUUUCUGGCGGGGCUGUUUCUCCAAAGUCUCUACUGUGUAGCUACAAGAAAAGUUUCCAUGGAUUUGCUGUGAAGCUAACUAAAGAAGAAGCUAAAAAAAUGACAGGAUUAAGUGGAGUAGUAUCUGUCUUCCCAAACGAAAAGAGGAAGCUUCAUACAACAAGGUCAUGGGACUUCAUGGGCUUUCCUCAACAGGUUAAAAGAUCACCUGUUGAAAAUGAUAUCAUCAUCGGCAUGCUCGACACCGGAAUUUGGCCAGAAUCCGAGAGCUUCAGUGAUCAAGGACUUAGUCCACCACCCACCAAAUGGAAAGGCACUUGUCAAAUUUUCACCAAUUUCACAUGCAACAACAAGAUCAUUGGAGCAAGAUUCUAUCGUAGUGAUGGAGAAUUUAGCCCUGAAGACGUUGCUUCUCCAAGAGACACGGAGGGUCAUGGAACUCAUACUGCAUCAACAGCAGCUGGAAACUUGGUUAGCAAUGCAAACAUGUCUGGCCUUGGUGCUGGGACUGCGCGUGGAGGAGUUCCAUCAGCCAGAAUUGCUGUGUACAAAAUAUGUUGGUCAGAAGGGUGUUUUGAUACUGACAUUCUUGCAGCAUUUGAUGAUGCUAUUAGCGACGGGGUCGACAUAAUAUCUCUCUCAGUUGGAACUUCGAUUCCAAGAGAGUAUUUUGAGGACUCCAUUGCUAUUGGUGCUUAUCAUGCUAUGAAACAUGGGAUAUUGACAUCGAAUUCUGCUGGGAACGAAGGUCCCGACCCGUUCACCAUCACUAAUUUCUCUCCGUGGUCUCUUUCUGUGGCUGCAAGCACCACUGAUAGAAAGUUCUUUACAAAGGUGCAGCUUGGUAACAACGAAGUUCAUCAGGGGGUUUCAAUAAAUACUUUUGACCUAAACAAUCAAAUGUUUCCUUUGAUCUACGGAGGAGAUGCACCAAAUAUCACAGGAGGUUUUACGGGUAACACAUCCAGGCUCUGCUCGGAAGGUUCAUUGGAUGAGGAAUUAGUGAAGGGUAAAUUGGUUUUGUGCGAUGGUCUGACUAAUGGCUCAGGGCCAUUCUUUGCUGGCGCUGCUGGUGCAUUGAUGCAAAGCACUCUCCCUACCGAUGUCGCACGCUCAUUUCCGCUACCCGCGUCCCACCUUGAGCGAUCAGAUGGGAACGACAUUUUCACCUACAUGAACUCAGUAAGCAAUCCAACUGGGACAAUAUUUAAGAGUAAUGAGGACAAUGAUACACUGGCGCCUUAUGUGGUUAGCUUUUCAUCAAGAGGACCAAAUCCAAUUUCAUUUAAUAUCUUGAAGCCGGACUUGACAGCCCCAGGAGUUGAUAUUCUUGCUGCUUGGUCAUUAGUUUCACCUAUCACUCGUGUUCCAGGCGAUAAUCGGUUUGUAUCAUACAAUAUAAUCUCCGGGACAUCGAUGUCCUGCCCUCAUGCUUCAGCUGUAGCGGCCUAUGUCAAAUCAUUUCAUCCUACAUGGUCGCCUGCAGCGAUAAAGUCUGCUCUUAUGACCACGGGUACUAGCCAACUGUAAUGCUAAAUUUUUAUGCUCAAAAAGUUUUUAUAACUUCUAACUGAAAAUAGUAAUUGCAAUUCUCUUGUUUAUGUAUUUGUUGCAGCCUUUCCAAUGACUCCCCGGAUCAAUUUAGAUGCCGAAUUUGCUUAUGGUUCAGGACAUAUAAAUCCUACUCAAGCUCCGAAUCCCGGAUUAGUAUAUGACGCCGGGGAAAUUGAUUACAUCAAUUUUUUAUGCGGACAAGGUUAUAAUACCACCCUUCUACAACUAGUAACCGGUGAUCUGAAUAGAAGCUGCUCGGGAUCAAUAGAUGAAUGGGAUCUGAAUUAUCCGUCGUUCGCUUAUGCUGCAACACAAUUCGGAUCUAUUAACCGUAUCUACAAUAGAAUUGUCACAAAUGUAGGAUCAGCAAUGUCAACAUAUAGAGCGAAUGUGACAGCUCCUGCAGGAAUUAACAUAACAGUAACUCCUGAUGUGUUACAGUUCUCGUCUCUCGACCAGAAGGCUCCGUAUCAACUGAAAAUCGAAGGAAGUAUUGAAAAGACAUUAGUAUCCGCAUCUCUGGUUUGGGAUGAUGGAGUACAUAAAGUGAGGAGCCCAAUCGUGAUCUAUGUUAAUUAA